CUAUAGUCCAUGCCGGCGUCGGACACCGUUGGCUCCCAUUGGCGAUGUCCAUUCAAUGAGCGGUUACCGUGCCCGACUCGGUUUCACCCCCGAGGAUUCCUCUGCAUUCUUCACAGUGGACAUUGCCGGGAAAUUGUACGGGUUUGUCCUCGCCGUGCGAUACCCCUCCCGCAUUCUGUGAGUGUUUAAAAAGCUCACCCUUCGGCAGACUCGUCGCUUGUCAAGACCAUAGUCAAAUUCCUGCGUUUUCUCUUCAUUUCAAUUCCCACGCACAGUCGCAAAAAUGUCGAGCUCCCAAAGUCCCAAGAGCCCCAAGGGCCCCGAGAGCCCCAGGAGCCCCGCGAGUCACGGGGGUAAAGCAGCUUCUCCUGAACCGAGCCCGGCACCACCUGCGAUCGUGGCGCUCAGUGCCGAGGAAAUUAGGGAAGCUGGUAUCCUCCCAGGCGCCCACUGGACAGAGCAGCCGAUUGAGCAAGUAGACGACGACGGUGCCUCGACUAUUGGAUCCAUUGCCUCCACAACAGCCUCCCUCACUUCGACUAUUUUUGAGUACCGGACCGUCCACGGGAGAACCUACCAUGGCGAGAUUGGUAAUGCGGAAUCAUGGGAGCCUAAUGAUCAGCGUCAUGUUGAUUCCCUGGACAUCUUUCACCACACUUUCAUGCUUUCCCUUGGGGACAAACUUUUCCUCUCGCCGCUCGAAAAGAAUAAGAUCCACAAGGUGCUUGACGUUGGAACGGGUACCGGUCUUUGGGCAAUUGACUUUGCCGAUGAAUUCCCGAACGCCGAAGUGAUCGGAACCGACGUCUCUCCUAUCCAACCUUCUUGGGUCCCUCCUAACGUUAAGUUCGAGUUGGAUGAUUGCAACCGAGAAUGGACUUGGAACGAGGACUCCUUCGAUUUCGUCCAUCUUCGUAUGUUGCUUGGAGUUGUAUCCAAUUGGUCCGAUAUUUUCCGCAAUGCUUUCCGUUGUGCUAGGUCAGGUGGAUAUGUCGAGAGUAUGGUUUCCAGUGCCUUCUUUCGCAGUGAUGAUGGGUCAGUUAAGAAGGGGAGCGCCUUGGAGCAGUGGCAUAGUAUUUUUUGGGAGGGCGGUAAAAAACUGGGAAGAACCUUCAGGGUCUUGGAGGAUGAUCUUCAGAAGAAGGCCAUGGAGGAGGCGGGGUUUGUUGAUAUUGCAGUCAAGGAUAUCAAGAUUCCCUUGGGCGCCUGGCCAGAGGAUAAAAAGUUGGCUGAAAUUGGCCUUUGGUGGAAGAUGUCACUCGAAUCAGACCUGGAGGGAUACCUCAACUACCUUUGUAACGCUCUGCUGGGUUGGACUACAGAGGAGACUGCGGCAUAUUGUGCCCAUGUUAGGAAAGAGUGGAAUGAUCCCAAUAUUCACAGCUAUGUCUGGCUGCGUGUGGUGUAUGGUCGGAAGCCGUAGGGAGAAAGGGAAAUGCUGUAAGAUAGGUUCAUCCUCUGGGCGGAUGUCUUGCUCCAAUCUCCUUUAGCAAAAUGGACCAGCGCGCUACAAACUUGGGACACACAUCUCUGGAAUUCUCAGGAGAAUCCAGCGUUUCUCUCCC